GGAGGAGGAGGAGGUGGGCGGGGAUUCUAGAGGGAUCCUGGGCACUGGCACUGGCACGGGCGUAGUUUUGCUCACUUUCUAGCCUGGCACGUCAGCUGAUCCGAAUGAAAUGCAAUCACUAUCUGGGGUGAUUUCUGAGCCCAGAGAAUUCCCAGAUUGGGGAUUCCCUACCAACCUGAGUUUUGCAAUUCGAAACUAAUCUCCCGCAGGCAGCCCGGGGCUGGGGCGUUUCCGGAAAGUCGGAGCCUCUGGCUGAGCCCACCCCCUCGGAGCUCGUAAGUUUCGUUUCUCUUUCCAGCUCUCGGUUCAAGCCCUCUGCGUCGCUCGUUCUUCUUCGGCAGAGGCUGCAGCGCUAGCCGAGCUGGACUGACCAUGGCGGACCCGACCGUGUGCGACUUCCUCACGAGGAUCCUGUGCGCCCAUGGGGGCCGAAUGGAGCUCCGAGAGCUGCUCGGCCACAUCGAGCUGUCCGAGACGCAGGUCGUCGAGGUGCUGAGCGAAGCGGGCCCCGAACGCUUCAUGCUCCUGGAUCAGGGCCCCGGCACCUGCCCGGUAGUGCUGGCUACCACCUCUGUGCGAGUGUGCAGGCGCAAGGUCUGCGAGGGCCAAUGUGAGGCCCUGCACCUCUGCAAGCUGAACCUGUUGGACAGGUGCCGCUUUUACAAUAGCGAGAGGAUUUACUGCAAAUAUUCCCACGAUAUUCAUUCGGAAAAGAACAUCAGAAUCCUGAAAAAGCAUUCACUUUUUACACUCUCCAAAAAAGAGCUGGGUGUUCUUCUUCUCCAGAGUGACCCCUUUUUCCUGCCUGAUAUAUGCAAACACUACAAAGGAGAAAAUAGGAGUGACUCUUGCAGUAAGAAGACAGAAUGCCAGAGACUCCACAUCUGUGAACACUUCACUCAAGGAAAAUGUGGCUUUGAACACUGCAAUCGGUCUCAUAACUUGAUGGAUACAAAGGCCUUGGAACUUCUCAGAGAACAUGGGCUAACUGACUCAAUAAUUAUGAAUAUCCAGGAUAUUUAUAAUCAGAAGCAUGCCAAAAAUAAAAAGUUUCUUUCCGGGAGAAAAGGCCAGUCAAACCAAAGAAAAAGAGAAAGUAGAAGCCAAAGUAGAAAUCGAUAUUUUUUUGAGACGCAGGAAUUGGCUCCAUCACCUUCUGCCUUGGUCGGAACUUCGCACAUACCAGGACCAGAUAAAACAACCCCAGCACCAUUGCCAUCCUUUGAAGGCAAAGCGAAAGAGAGCAGAACCACUACUUUAAGUAAAGAUUGUGCUCAGUCAGUAUCAGUAUCUCCUAAGACUUCCAAAACCCAAGAAGGUUGUCAAGCUGGCACAAAUUCAAACGUUUCAGUGACUAGCCAUCGAGAAAGCCGCUUUGGGAACCAAGAUGGUACCCAGCUUGCUGCCUCCACCUCUCCACCAUUUUCAACGGACAAAGGCUCCACCCCUGUAAGGAGUAGUAGAGUUGAGAGAAAAAUAAAUAUGUUCUUUGGGAGUGAAGAUGAUUCCUUCUCUGGUCCAGAUCUCAUAACCACUAGCAAAAGUGGAGUAAUGCCUUCCCACAACUGUGCAAAUGCAGGAGAUGACUUUGGAAAUCAGAAAGCCUAUUCUUCACCUGGUCUCCCCAAAACCGUUCAUGUGCAGGGCAAAGGCAGCAAUCCUGUAGUGUUUUCCAAAUAUAAACAAACAGCUAAUGGAAAGAAAGAGGACUCCUCAUGUAAGAGUAAGGACAAUCAGUCCACGUUGGCGAAUCCCCAAAUGGCUAAGACAGCAACAUCAAUAGGGAAAUUAGAAACUCCAAUCCCAAAUCACAGUGUUGCUAAUGUCAGUUCUACUGUGAGAUCAAGAACAUUCUGGAAUACACAUGAGCAGCAACACAACCUGAACAAACUUGCUGAUGAAUCACUAGCCUGUCAAACUGAUGCCCUGAAUCUGAACUCUGCAAUAAUUGCUAAAAAGGACAGAAAAGAUGCCUCUUGUGCGUCUCAGAAUAUCCAAGCCCUCCCCGUGUCUAACACAGCAACUGCUAGUGGACCACCAAAAACCUCAUCUGCAUCUCUCACCCAGAGUGGAAUUCAAAAGUGCAAUUUAGUCCAGCCUUCUAUACCAAGAGUGGUACAAGAUCCCGUUGUCUCCAAACCAGCUUCAGUGUACAAGGCAGCCGCAUCGCCCUUGAGCAACCAAACAGUGGUAAGAGAGAGGAUGUUUUCUUUUGGCCAAGUUGGAUCUGUUUCUUCCUCUGGUUCUUGUCAAACUUCUGACACCUUGACUGCAAGCAAUAGUGGAGGAGCAUCUCCUUCCAAAAGUACAAAUGCAGAGGAUUGCAGAGCCAGGGUUUCUAACACAACACCUUCAGAAAUGGAGAGUAAUGACUCCACUGAGAUUUGUCUUGACUUCCUUCAUACAGAUUGUAAACUGCAAGAACGCUGCAAGAAUAUUCAUUUUCAUCUACCCUACCGAUGGCAGCUGCGCAUUGCCAAUAAUUGGAAAGACUUUAAGGACAUGGAGGAUAUUGAGAAGGCUUAUUGCGACCCAAAUAUCUCUCAAAGUCAUAGCAUCGACUUCCAAAAAAUGACAUUUGGUUAUUUUUCUGUUCGACGUCUCUCUACUCCUUCAACUAUCCAAAAACCUGAUUAUGCCCUGAGCACUGAGUGGCUCUGGUAUUGGAAGGAUGAAUUGGACCAGUGGAUUGAAUAUGGAAAAGAGGAGUCUUUCGAAAACAAUUCCAGAGACCUGGAAGUCUUCUCUCAGAUCUAUCCAAUGGGGACUAUGGAAUUUAAGGCGGGCCAUCAUUCCUAUCUCCUGAACUUUAAAGAAAUGAUCCAGACAAACAUAUUAUAUCACACUAAACGGGAAGUACGAAGGCGGCCUAAAUUUGUGUCCUCUGUGACGGUGUACUGGACUAAAAAACAAGGAAACCCUCAAUCAGAUCAGAGCAAGGCAAUUUCCAUAGAUUUUCCUUCAUACUGGGACCACAUGGCUCUGCCACAAGUAGGAUAUAAGUUGUUGGAGGUCAGCAGAAUGUCCAAUGAAUAUGUUGUCAUCGACUUCCGCUUUAAAUCGACUAUGAAAAAUUUUGAAAUUCAGAAGAUAAUGAGGAACCAGAACCCAUCGCUCUGGAAUAAAUUUCAGCGGAAGAAGAAGAUGAUGCUGAGCAAUGGAGAGGAAAAGAUACUAUUUCAUGCGACGGACCAGACCAGGAUAACUUCAAUUUGCACUUUCAGUUUUGACUACAGUUACCAGUCACUUCAUGAAGCAAAAUAUGGGAAAGGUAUUUACUUUGCAAAAGAAGCCAGCUCUUCCCACAACAAUCAUAAAAGCAGUGCCAAAAAGAAGAUUAUGUUUGUCGCCCAAGUCUUGGUUGGAAUAAUGGCUGAAGGAAAAGAGACUCACCGUCCUCCGGAGCUUACCAUUGUGGACAAUAUAAACAAUCCCUCCAUUUUUGUCAUUUUUGAUUCGCAUCAGGUUUACCCAGAGUAUGUCAUUGAAUACACCGAUAUUGAUAAAGCCUGUAGCAUUAGUUAGGAAGGAAAAGAAUCAUGAUCAUACUCCAGAUAAUGAACCGUUUCCGUUCUUUAGAACCAGGUUGUCCACGAUAAUGAUGAAACUUUAUUCCUGAGCCCAGUAGUCGGGUACUAAGUAUCUGCUCCCCAUCUUUGGUUAAUAUGAUUUUCAGUCUGUUCAACAGCAACACCACGCCUAUUGUUAUGGUUCUCUCAUAACCAUUGUAGCACCAUGUCCGUAAUACACUGUAUGGGGCUAAUUUUUGCCUAUGUUAAAGUAAAUUUAAAAUAAUUUGGAAAAUGUUGGAAUAGCCAUUGGGAUAUAGACAUAUAGUCUGACGUGUUUUAUCUCCAAGGAUGAGAAUUCCAGCCUUAGAGCUGAGAUCCCAGGUUUGAAUUUUUGAAAAUGAUUUUUAUUAAAUGUACUGUUGCAAAUGAAUAGUUAUGAUAACUUCUAUAUACAUGACACAUUAAAGUGUAAACCUGUGAAUCAGAUAAUAAAAUUCAACGUGUUGGAAAGGGAGAUAAAUAAUGAGGAAAAAAUAAUGGGAAAUUUAUUGGAAAAGAUUGAAGCAAAAGGGUAUUACUGAAAAGAAGACAUUGGAGCCAAGCUUGGUAGUGAACUCUUAUAAUCCUAGCUAUGGGGAGGCUUAGGAUAGAGGAUGGUUAAGUAUUGGCACAGAGUUUGGCUUUAAAAUGGUGAGCCCCUGAGAGCAGAGGGCAGGGAUUUCUAAGUUGUUUAUGGAGGAGUGAACCAGCCCAGGUCAGAAUUGGAGAUUCUGUGCUGAUCUGUAAUGGGGAUUGGAUUUACCAGUAGUUCCUGACCUUCAAAUCUAUAAUAGUGAUAGACUAAAAAGACUGAAAGGAAGAAUUCAGUGAGGGCUGGGGAUAAGAGGCAAAUAGGUAAAAACAAAAGUCACCCAUACGUGAAUUUUCAAAAGGGAAUUGGAUUAGAUGACUUUUAAACAUCUAAACAUCAUCAUUAGCCAAGCUUCAGAAAUUAUCCUUGAAAAUUAAGAAAUAAAAAAUUUUUCAAUUUUUUAUUAGAUAGCAAUAUAGUUAUAAUACUAAACCAGAGAAGGAUAAAGCAAAGAAACAGAAGUUUAAUGUCACUAAUGAAUAUGGCUAUAAAAUUUUUAGAUAAAAUGCUAGCAAAAGUGAAUAGAGCAAUAUCUAAAAAAAUGCUCAUUGUAAUCAAAUUGGAUAUAUACUAGAGAUCUAAAGAUGGGUCCAAAAUUAGGAAAUUAGUUAGCAUACUCAUAUCAAAAACUACUUUGGACAAAAUGACUAUAUUAAUAGACGUGAUUUAAAUCCAACCUCAGACCUCUGCUAGAUGUGUGACCCAGGGAGAGUCACAUAAUCUCUUCAGUUUUAGCACCUAUCUCUCCCAGGGUUGUUAUGAGGAUUAAAUUAGAUAAUAGUUGAAAAACACUUAGCAUAGUAGUUGGCACAUAGUAAGUACUAUAUAUAAUUUUUAGUUAUCAUUAAUGUUAUUAAGAUGCCUUUGAAAACAUAAAAUGGUUAUUAAUGUUUUAACCCCCCCAACAAAGCUUAAAUAUUAAAGACCUAUUUUAAUAUUAUUGAUAGAGUCAGCAUCCUAUAUUACCUACCAUAACAAACUCAAAAUUGUAUGCAUAGCUAGAGCUAGAGGAGAAAAUUCUUUACCAAACAAGGGAUAGAAUUGAUCACACACACACACACACACACACACACACACACACACACACACACACACACACACAAAUAGAUAAUUCCUAUUACAUGAAACUUAAAAACUUUUUCAUGAAAUCAAAAUCUAUGCAGUUAGAAUGAAAAAUGAAAAGUAUUCUCUGGGGAGAAAGAAUAUUUCCAUCAAAUGUCUCUGAUAAGGCUCCAAUACCCAAGAUAUAUAGUACAUUGCUGAUACAUUAGACAAAAAGCCAGUAAAAUAUUCAAAAGAUUUGGAAACUGAUCCAAAAUACUCAUAAUAGGAGAACUACAGAAAAAUAAUUCUGAGGUGUCACCUUUACAUCUAGGAAAUUGGCAAAAAAAAAAAAUGGGGAUAAUCUACGUUGAAGGGAUGGGGGGGAAACAGAGACACCAAUGUAAUAUUUGCUGAAGUUGUAAAUUGGUCCAACCAUUCUGGAAAGCAAUUAGGAAUAAUACUAAAUUUAAAAAAUAAAUAAAUAUCCAUUGCUUUGACCCCAAAAUCACUAUUGGAUAGCUUCCCAAAAGAAGUUUAAGAUAAAAAGAAAGGCUCUGUAUGCUCUAAAAUAACUUUAGCAUCACUCGAUAGUAAAUUUCCCAACAUAGCUAAACAAAUUGUGAUGUAUGAAUGCAAUAUAAUCAAUGAACAUCUAUUAAGGGUCUCCUAAAUACCAGGCAGAAUCCUAGGCAACAGGAAUAGAAACUACAAAGAAUAAAAUAGUCCUUAUUCUCAGAAUUGAUGUCAAUAAAAUAAGUGCAAGAUACUUAAAUACUAGGUAGUUAAGGGAAGAGGGCUAUUGGCUAUGGAAAUCAAGAAAAGCUUUGUGUAGAAAAUGGUACUUGAACUGAAUUUUGAAGGAAGAUUGACAGUAGGAGACAGGUGAAGAGAAAAUAUAUUUCAAGCCUGUUGAAUGGCCAGUGCAAAGGAAUAAAAAAGGAAAUUAGGAUCUCAUGUGUGAUGAACAGAAAGGAUAGUUUAUCCGGAUUGCAGGGUGCUCGAAGGAGGGAAUGUACAAUGAGGCUAAAAACACAGUUUAGGGUCAGGUUAUCAAGGUCUUAAAAUACUAAAAACAAGAGUUUAAAUUUUUUCCUAGAAACAAUAGGGAACCACAAGAAUUUUUUGUGUGUGCAAAGGGACUAAUACGGUUAGAGCGAUACUUGAAGAAAAUCAUUCUAGCAGUUCUGUGAAGGAUGUUUUGCAGUAGGGAGAGAUGAAGCAGGGGAGAAUAAUGAGGAAGUUGUUGAAAUAAUCUAGAUAAAAGCUGAUGAGGACCCGAGUUAAAGAUAGUAGCUGGGUGUGUAGAAAAGAGGGUUCUAAUGGGAGAAAUGUUGUGGAGGUAGAAACAGCAAGAUCUAAAAAUGGUUAUAUGUGUAAAAUGUAAGAGAGUGAAAAGUUGAGAAAAAUUCCAAAGUUAUAAAUCUGCAAGACUAGAAAAUAUGGGAAGAGAGAAGUGUUUUGGGGGAAAGAUAACGAGUUUUGUUUUGGACAUGCUGAGUUGGAGACAUCUCUGAAACAUUCUGUGUGAGAUACCCAAUGGGUACUUGGGGAUAUGGGACUCAUUGGGGUUGGGGGAUGAUUGGUGUGAGGAAUCUAGAAGUCUAUCAUAUCAGAGAGAUUAUAAUUAAACCCACAGGCACUGAUGAGAUGACCAGGGGAGUGAGUGUGGAGAGAAAUGAGAUGAGGAUCCACAGCUUUGGAUUGGGGCUUGAUAUAGCAAAGGAGACUGAGAAGGAGCAGCCAUAUAGACAGGAGGAGAACCAAUGUCACCAAUUUUAAAAAGCAGCAACAGGGAGGAAAAGGUGUCAACAGCUGAAAGAGGAGGUUCGCGAAAAGAACACCAGAUUUGUCCAUUAAGAAUUUGCUGAUAAUUUGUAGAAAACAGUUACAGCUGAGUGAAAAGGUUUGCUUUUUGUUUUGUUUUGUUUUUUGCUAAAUUGCAAAGAAUUAAGGAAUGAUUAGAAAGAGGACAUGGAUGCAAACAUAUAGGAGUUUGGGAAGAGGAUGAGAACUUGAGGGGAUUUGGAGUCUAGUAAAGGUUUAAAGAUGGGGAGAUGGACAUGUUUAAGGAACCAGUAGAUAGGGCUGGGGGUGGUGAUUGAGCUUUCAGAUUAAUAGACAAGAUUAGUGAAAUAUUCGUGCCUUGUAAGAAAUGACAAAUAUGAAGAAUUCAGAGAAGUAAGAGAAGUUUUAUUUGAAAAGUGAGCAAGGAAAACACAUACAGAGUGACUGCAGUGAUGUAAAUUGGAAGACGCUGAAUAGUGUGUAAUUAUAAUGAUCAAGCUUAGCUCUGUAGAAGGAUUAAUAAAAUGUGCCUCCAGCCUCCCUUUGCAGAAGGGAGGGAGUAAGGAUGUAGAGUAUUAUACAUCCUCUCAGAUACAGUAAAUAUGUUUAGUAUUUUUGCUGAAAUGCUUAUUUUCCUCAUUCGUUGAAAAAAAUCCUUGUUAUAAGAGGGAAGGAUAUAUUUAAAAAUUAAGGUGAUAUAAAAUAAAAAAACAUCAGUAAAAAAAGAUUUAAAGAAAGAAAUUCUAAAAACUUAUUCUGUCAUGGUGCUGUACAACAAUAAUAACAAUACUUGGAUUUAAAGUUUGCAAAGUUCAUUAUAUAUGGAAUCACAUUUGAGUCUCACAACAACUAGUAGGUACUAGAGAUAUUUUACAGAUAAACUAAGGCUGAGAGGACCCACGUCCACUCGUCCAAGGUCACACUACAAAUAAAUGCCAAAGGCAGGCUACAAACUUGUUCUAUGAGUCAGCUCACCUGAUCCCUGGUCUAGCCAUCAGCUGUGGUGUGCUGCCUCUCUGCCUAGAGUAGGUGAUGGUCAUUUAAAAUAACACCCAGCACGUUUGUUGUAGCAAAGAACUAAAAACAAAGCAGGCACUCAUCCGUCAGGGAAUGGCUUGACAAAUUGUAAUGCAUGAAUACAUGAAUGUAAUGAAUGAAGCAUUAUUGUGCCCUUAAGAAAUGAAGAGUGGAAAGACUUCAGACAAGCCUGGGAAGACACAUCAACGGAUACAGAGUUACUUAAGAAGAAUCAGAGAAACAUAUACAGAAGGGUUAUAACAAUGUAAUAGAAAGAAUAAAAAAGGGAAAACUCCAGGGAAGAGUUGAGAAAAUUCACCUUCCUUUCCUCUGCUGAGACUGAAAAUUUUUACUCAACUGACUUUUUUCUCUUCCUUUUGUAAACUUUGUCUUAUAAAAAUUGGGUCAUUUCAGGUACAGGAGGAGGAGGGAGGAAGAACAUACUCAGAAAGUAAGGUGAUAUAAGAACAAAAGAUUCCAAUAAAAAUAAAAAAUUUAAAUGUC